AUGAGAGGCUUCCAAACCAGCUUGCUUCUGCUCUGCGUGGUGGCUGUCACCGCCAUCCCCAUCGUGCCCUGGAAGGUCAAAUGCCCGCCACAGUGCGUCUGCCAGAUCAGGCCGUGGUACACCCCCCGCUCGGUGUACCGAGAGGCUGCCACGGUGGACUGCAAUGACUUGUUUAUCUCCGCUGUGCCAGAAGACCUGCCAGAGGGAACCCAGACCCUGCUCUUGCAAAGCAACAAUAUCGCCAGGCUUGAGCAGAGUGAGCUGGAUUAUCUCAGAAACCUGUCGGAGCUGGACCUGUCACAGAACAGCUUCUCUGAUGUCUGGGACUUUGGCCUGAAGAGCAUGCCCCAGCUGCUCAGCCUGCACCUGGAGGAGAACCAGCUGGCCGAGCUGCCUGAUGGCAGCUUUCCUGGGCUGGGCAACCUGCAGGAGCUCUACCUGAACCACAACCAGCUCCGCAGGAUCGCUCCCCGCGCCUUCUCUGGCCUUGGCAGCCUGCUGCGCCUCCACCUCAACUCCAACCUGCUGAGGACAGUUGACAGCCGCUGGUUCCAGAUGCUCCCCAGCCUGGAGAUCCUCAUGAUCGGAGGCAACAGGGUGGAUGCGAUCUUGGAUAUGAAUUUCAGGCCUCUGUCGAACCUGCGGAGUUUGGUUUUGGCUGGGAUGAACUUGAGGGAGAUCUCAGACUAUGCGCUGGAAGGGCUGCGGAGUCUGGAGAGCCUCUCUUUCUAUGACAACAAGCUCAUGAACGUCCCCAAGCGGGCACUGCAGCAAGUUCCUGGCCUUAAGUUCCUGGAUCUGAACAAAAACCCAUUGCAGAGGGUCAAGCAAAGCGAUUUCACGAACAUGCUGCACCUCAAAGAGCUGGGGCUCAACAACAUGGAGGAGCUGGUGUCCAUAGACCAGUUUGCCUUGAUCAACCUCCCUGAGCUGACCAAGCUGGAUGUGACCAACAACCCCAAGCUGUCCUUUAUCCACCCCAAUGCAUUCCACCACCUUCCUCAACUGGAAACCCUCAUGCUCAACAACAACGCCCUAAGUGCCUUGCAUAAGCAGACGGUUGAGUCACUGCCCAACCUGCAGGAGAUCAGCAUCCACAGCAACCCCAUCCGCUGCGACUGCGUCAUCCGCUGGGUCAACAGCACGGAAAACCACAUCCGCUUCAUUGAACCCCAGUCCACGCUCUGCGCCGAGCCCCCCGACCUCAAGAGGAGGCACAUUCGGGAUGUCCCCUUCCGGGAGAUGACGGAUCGGUGCCUGCCUCUCAUCUCCACCAAGAGCUUCCCCUCCCACUUAGAGGUGGCGGAUGGUGACAAUGUCUCCUUGCAUUGCCGAGCUCUGGCAGAGCCAGAUCCGGAGAUCUACUGGGUCACUCCUUCAGGGGUGAAGCUGAUCCCCUACGCAGAAGAUGGGCGGUACAAGGUGCAUCCCGAAGGGACGCUGGAGAUUCAUGGGAUCUCCGCUCAGGAGGCCGGGCUGUACACCUGCGUGGCUCACAACCUCCUCGGGGCAGACACCAAGAGCAUCAGCAUGACAGUCAACCACUCCUUCCCGCUCAGUGAGGACAGCCUGGAGCUGGUGGUGGCAGAUGUCCAGGCCUACCAUAUCCUGGUUGCCUGGAAGCCGCAUCUCAACACCAUCUCCUCCAACCUCACCUGGUCCAGCUUCUUGCUUAGCUCCAACUUGGACAUGACCAAUGUGGCCCGGAUCCCCAUGGGGACCCACAUGUACAACAUCACUCGGCUCCACCAGGACACAGAGUACUGGGCUUGCCUCCACGUGGCCUUUGUAGACUUGCAGGCCAAGGUGGCUUGCGUGAACGCCAGGACUAAAGAGGCUGCCCACCGCUACCAGCUCCUGGAGGGCAGGCAGAGCCUCCUGAUGGUGCUGGUCCUCUGCCUCCUGCUCCUUGCUGCCAGCCUUGUAGCUCGCUACGGCGUUGGGGGGGAGCUGCUCCGGGGUGCCACAGCCGUGCGUGUGGUCUAUCCCCCCCUCACCCAGCCCUGGGCUCGGGGGCAGCGUGGGGGGCAACUCCUGGCUGUGGAGGUACAAGCAGCCCCCCUGGACUGCUGA